AUGUCGGAAAUGUACGAGGGAUUUCUGAAUAAGGGCAUGGACCGGUACUUCAACCGGCCCCGCAACUUUAGCUCCCAGUGCGACGGCGAGAUGGAUGUGACGAAUAUGCACACGGUCCCGUGCCGGACCAUCUGUCUCACUAUCCAGCAGGAUCUUGUGGUUAUGGGUGAGCAUCGGGGUACAUGGCAGAGAUGUUGGGAAUUCCGUGUUCCGUGUUCCGUGUUCCGCAUUUUUUUCAAUAUUUUUUCCGUGUUCCGUGUUCCGUAAAAAAAAAAUUUCCGUGUUCCGUGUUCCGUGUUCCGUAUAAACUAUAUUUUCCGCGGAAAAAUUCGAUCACAAAUUUUAUUUUUUUCAUUAUUAUUUUGAUUAGGACAGUUGACGUUUUGUGGUCAAAAUUUGAAAAUUUUCGGAUUCGGACCAUAUUCGUGAAAAGUGGAUUCAAUUUUCAGUCGUUUUUUACUGUAGUUGUUUACUGUUGUGUUGUUGGUUUUGUUAUUUUUAUGAAAUUUUCAGUAAAACUUUCACAUGAGUCAAACAGCUGCCUUGUCAGUCAGAUAGUCGAAUUAAACAAAACAUUAUUUUUAAAAAAAUCACUGGAAUUCUCUUGAAAACGCUUUUUUCCGUGUUCCGUAAACAAAAAAAAAUUUCCGUGUUCCGUGUUCCGUGUUCCGUAGAAAUAAGUUUUUUCUGUUUUCCGUGUUCCGUAUUCCGUAAAAAAAAAUUUUUUUAUUCCCAACAUCUCUGGUACAUGGGACCGGGAAAAAGUGUUGAUAUUGUAGGUCAACCAACCGGACACCGUCUUUUUAUGCGUGGAUGUGCACUGACGAUCGCCAGGCGAGGCCUCAACAACCAUACGUUGAGCAUGUUUGAUCGAUACGAUAUUUGCAGGUGAGGCACGCAUACAAACUUCUUCGACAAUAUCCGUUUGCAGAGACAUGUCCGCGUCGGACCUGUUCCGUCACGAACAGGCGGAUUCUCAACGCAUUCGGGUGUGCAGCUGCCUCGGCGACCGCUGCAAUUCGGCCGUUUCGCUCAGCGCCGACGGUCCCACCAUUCCCAUUCUGGCACUGAUUUUGCUCAGUUUCUGCUUUCUCUAG